AUAUGACGUCCUCCCACUCCAACGAUCGAGGGGACAUCUAUAUUGAUCAUCAGGGCACUGAUCAGUGCCCUGAUGAUCAGUGUAGCCCCAUCAGUGCCCAUUAAUGUCACCUGUCAGUGUCGUCAAUGCCACCUGUCAGUGCCAAUCAAUGCACAUCAAUGCCACAUAUCAUUGCUAAUCAAUGCCACAUAUCAGUGCCAAUCAAUGCCACAUAUCAGUGCCUACCAGUGCACAUAAAUGCCACAUAGCAGUGCCCAUCUGAGUUGCCUAUCAGUGCUAGUCAGUGCUGCCUAUGAGUGCUACCAAUCAGUGCCGGCUAUCAGUGCCUGUCAGUG